AUAAAUCUUCAACAAAUUGUUUCACUAAGUUUGACGAGUAAACAUAAUCGUUUUAAGCAGUUUCACGCUUUAUUUAAUAUUGAAAAAUGUACAAAUAUUAGAGAAUUAAGUUUGGUUUAUCUAUCAUCCAGUGAUGCUAAAGAGGUGCAGGAUAUUUUACCGAAAUUGCGGUCCAGUUUGACAACAAUAAAAAUUUUAUUUCUAUAUUGUGAGGAAUUUCAUGAACAAAGAUUACUUGAAAUGAUAUUUUGCCGUCAAACCAUGCCGUCAUUAAAAAGUUGUGAUAUAACAUAUCGAGAUGGCUUAAUUCAAAAUUUUACUAAAUCAACAACAUCGAACAUUGAAAAUUUAAAUAUUCGUUAUAUUUCCAUUAAAGAAUUAAUACUACUAUUUCAGUAUUUACCUAAACUAAAACGUUUAUAUGCAUAUUCAGCGACACAUUUCCGCCAUUUAGUAUAUUCAGACCAUCUAAGACCAAGCGUAUUAUUAAAAACAUUAACACAUUUGAAAUUACAUUAUGUUCUUCCUCCAUAUAACUUAAUUGAAAUCUUGUUCAGACGAACCCAAGGCUCACCCACAUCCCCAUUUUUCGAAUAUAGGAUAUCCACCCCAAACGAAAAAUUAUGCUCUAAAUUUAGAUGA